UCAUGUUAUUGGCAGAAUGAUUACCAAGUUUUACCAGCAUGUUCUGGCUCUGGUGUUUGCCAUAAAUGAGCUUAACAAGAAUCCCAAAAUACUGCCUAAUGUGACACUUGGUUUCCACAUAUGUGACACCUAUUAUGAUGCAAGGAUGACCUAUCACACCACACUGGAUCUGAUCUUCAAGUCCCAUAGGUUUUUUCCAAACUACAAAUGUACCACAGAGAAAAACCUCCUAGCCGUCAUUGGAGGACUGGGCUCUGACACUUCUUUCCAUUUGAUGGAUGUCUUAGCUCUAUAUAAGAUACCACAGGUACGAUAUGUGCAUGGGGGCUGGUGGGAAUAUAUAUUUAUAUGUAUUUACAACUAGGAAUAAUGUGAUGGUUCAGAAGAAAUAACUAGUGAUAUUGAAUUUGCUUGAAUUUCAAAGACCAGAAAAAGACCCUAAUGACAAAGACCCUACUCCUAACUUAUCUACACAGUAUAUAUAUAUUUUCUUACAGCUUACAUAUGGCUCAUUUACCAUAGAAGAGACCAAAAUAAUGGAAGUUCUUCCCUUUUACCGCAUGAUCCCAAACGAAAACAUUGAGUAUAUGGGAAUUAUAUUGUUACUUCAGCAUUUUAGGUGGACCUGGGUUGGGCUCUUUGUUGUGGAUGAUAACAGUGGAGAGCAAUUCCUAAAAAUACUGGAGCCAUUGUUUUCCAGAAAUGGAAUCUGUUCAGCCUUCACCAAAAGAAUCCCACAAGAAGCUCAUAUGGAGGAUUUCAUAAAUCAGUUUUUUGAUUCUAGUUCAAUUAAUUUGUCUUCCCAAGAUUGUAAAGCUCGUACAAUUAUCAUGUAUGGAGAAUCUUUAAUAAUUUUGCAUCUGAGAGUUUUUAUAUAUUCACAAGAUUCAGGAAAUACAAAAAACCCAUUAUUUGGAAAGGUGUGGAUUGUGACAACCCAAACAGAUUUUAUAUUAACAGGUGCAGCAAGAGGAUGGGAUUUUCAGAUAUUCCAGGGUGCCAUUUCAUUUGCCAUUCACACAAACGAUGUUCCAGGUUUCAGGGAAUUUCUUCAGAAUAUAAUCCCUACUAGGACGGAAAGAGAUGGUUUCCUCCAAAAUUUCUGGGAGCAAGCAUAUGAUUGUUCCUUUCCAGAUCCAGGUAUGCCUGUGAUGGAUGAUGACACUUGUACUGGAGAGGAGAGGCUGGAGAGUCUCCCUGCAGGUCUUUUUGAAAUUCACAUGACUGGACACAGCUACAGUAUCUAUAAUGCUGUUUAUGCUUUGGCCCAUGCUUUGCAUGCCAUGGACUUUGGUAGAUCCAAACCUAAAUCAAAGGUAGUUGGUAACAGUGUCGAACUGCAGUCUCUGCAGCCUUGGCAGGUAAUGUUUCCCCAACAAAUGCUUCAUAUUUCAAU